AUGUCCGUAACAAGCAAAACCAAAGGUUCUCGCCAUAAGACGAAGAACCUUGAAACGGAAGAGGACAGAAUAAAAAAAUUAUUAGCUUCGGAAUACUCCGAUUUCGCUGACACGAUCCUCGUCGAGUCUCCUUUCGCUGAAACGACAAGAAACGGACGUGGAAUUCGACAAGUUUCCCUCGGUUUAACAUCGUCCAAGCUGAUCCUUGCUGCUGACGUUUUCACGAAGAACAACCAAUUCUUCUGUCCCCGUUCCCUCGAUCCCAGCAUCGAGAGCUUCGAGCUUAUCUCUCUAUAUCCUCUGCGAUACGUCUGCUUGAGCGUGUUCAACCGAAGACACCGCAAAACCUUAAAGGCAAGAUUUAUCGACGGAAGGAUAAAUUACUUCGAGCUUGGCGGAAUACACAGGCGAAACAUUCUCUGGAAGAAAUGGUGCGAAAUCGUGGAAAAUUUGCUCGUGAAGAGAGUAGAUGAAAGUUCGUUAUCGGAAACGACUGCAGCUAGUUCUUCGAGCAGUUCAACCUUGUACAUUCUUUCCUCGGAGAUCGAAAUUCAGAAGGAUCCUAAGAAGGAAGGUGAAAAAGCUGUAUGCAGAAUAUGGACUCACUAUGGAGGUGCAGGUGAUUACGCGCCCCCAACAUGGCGCCAGAGAGACCUCUACCUUGGACCGUCUCACAACGAGUUAGCAGACGGUCGAUACACUCCGAUUCCCGUAAGAUUUGCCGGAGCCAGUUUAGAGAACAUCAAGGACGAGCUGAGAGAUCUUUCUCCGAGCAAAGCUGAGAAAGGUACGCGCAGCUGGCCCACGUGUCACUGUCUGAAGGAGAGACAGAAGAAGAACGGCGGUCUUUGCGACGUUCUCUUCAUCAGAGACAAGCAUAACCGAAAGUAUCUCAACGCGAACAAAUUCUUCGCCACCUGUCAGAGCUGUCCUUGCAAUCAUCUGCAAGCGAGAAUCUUCCAGGACAAAGUUAGCGACAGACGAAACGUGUGGUACGAAGAAGAGACACUGGACGAGGAGGAGAGAAGUCCUAAGAGGUGUCUGACGAGAAGGAUAUCUCGAUUUGGAAUCGGAGUGCCGGAGAAUUGUCACUCCGGAUUGGUUCUUGGUCCGACCCGAAGGGAACGAGAGUGUUUACCCUCGAAACCGACGAUUAAACGUAAACAGAAUUUGUACACUCUGAUGGAAAAUGGAGUGAAAAUUUGGGAAGGUGAAAGAAAGGGUUGUUGCAAAUCUUCGAAGCCUUCGAAGCAUUUUAGGAGAUACGGUCUCUGCAGUGCGCCUCAUUUUUUGUACGCUCUUGGUCCUUGGUCUGUGCAACCUGGAGAACGAAGCACUCUUCAGGGGCGUAGGUCUUUUAGUUUGGUUACUGUUAGAAGGCAACCUGCUGAGUCUGAACUGAGACUUCCCGUGUCACGUCGUCAGUUGGCUACUAGUAUUUCGUAUUGUGCUCUUCAGUCGGGUAGGUUUGGAGCAGUUGGCAGCACUGCAAGAGGACGUGUCGUGCUGUUCUGGACUCCGGAGUAUUGGUACAGACCUAGACCUGCCUCUGCUGCUUACAGGGAGCUGAGACGACACUUGAACCACCUAAGAAAUUACCGUCGCGAGAAGGAGCGACCUGUGAAACGUAAAUUAUUCUCCAGAAGAAAAAAGUGUCUCUGCGAGAAAGAAUCGAUCAUCGUCCCCGAAGAGAAACCUAGUUUUCUCGAAAGAAUCUUCUCCGGAAACGUGCCUUACAGGAAAAAGAAGAAAUCCGUGGCCGAAGAAAACAGUGCCACCGUCCAACUAAAAAACUUGCUCAGAAUGGAUUUCAGAAUAACGAUUUGGGACAUAAACAGCACCAUUCUGUCAAAACAGUUAACGCUCAUAGAUCGCGAUCUCUUCGUCCGAAUCCCUCCAGAAGAAAUAGAAAUCCUAGUCUUCCAAAGGAGCUCGCGAAACGCGCCUAACUUGGCCGCCUGGGUAGCCUUCAGCCAUCGAAUCUCCUGUUUGACAGUCAGCGAAAUCCUGGCGGUGAAAAAAUUAGCCAUGCGAAGCAGAAUCAUCGCGAGACUGAUCAACGCAGCCAGAAAAUGUUUCGCCAUGGGAAACUUUCAUUCCUGCAGAUCGAUCCUCGCUGGUCUACAAGCUCCGCCGAUUUUCAGGCUGCGAAACAGCUGGUCUUAUCUUCGUAUCCACCAUGCUAACAGAUACGAAGUUAUGGAGAGACUUUGCAAACUUUACAAGAAUCCUUGCAGCUCGGCUUAUCGUCGAGCUUGGGCCAAAGUCGAGAAGAAUCCACCGUUCAUGCCACACGUGGCUGACCUUUUAGCGAAGAUCCUCGGUCUGAGUAAUCCGGAAAAUCGUCAAAAAUACAGCAAACUUAACCGUAUAAACGAUGAAACAAGUAGUUCAAAGUAUUUAACCGCAGACUUCGUUAACAUAAGUAAAGAUUCGUCUGUGAGAAUUAAGGAGGAUUUGGAAGAGAAGCAAAGCUCGGACAAGGGUAUCAUUGCGUCGGUUUUAACUAGGAUAAAGUACAGGAGAGAUCAGAAAACAAUUUACGAGGAGAAGACGGACUCGUUUUGGUCGACAAGGGAGCAGGAUUUAGCGUGGAAAUAUUUCUAUCGUUGGAAUAAUCUCGUUGCGAGGCGUAAAGUUUGCGCGAAGGAGGUGGAGAGAUCGAGAGACGUGGAUUCGAGGAUGAAACGAGUGAUGGAGGUUGCGUUCUGGUUAAUGGAAUGUCAGAAACAAGCUCAAGGGUACGAGUUUCCGGUGCACUCGUUCACCAGGGAAUUUUUAUUGAAGACUCGAUAUAGGGAGGACAGGGAGAACUUUUUUAUUAGUUUGAAAGUGGAGCCGUCGACGAUCACUUGA